CGUUCAACUUCGUUGGAGAGAGGUCCGCGGUUCCGAUGGAAUCUUCCGGGUGGGGUAGAUCUCCGAUUUCGUCCGCCCCACUUAGAGAUUCCCGUUGCCCCACCCAAACAAUCAUGCCUCACCCCAGAAGAAACGCAACUUGAAGACAGCAGGUAAGACAAGAAAGGGGCCAAACAUUUACCAUUCAAGGCUGUAAAGAUUACCUUUUGCCUUCAGCGGAACGCAAUACUGGAAGCAUGAGUACUACGGAACAACAGCCCGAAGUGGUCCCCGCGGCGGACGCACCUGACGUUUCCAAAACCGCGGCCGACGCCACCAAACCUGAGGUUGUUGCUGCCGCGGCCCCUGCAUCCACUGCAGCGGAUACGGCGGCUGCUCCGGCACCGACAGAAGCAAUCACGGAAGCAACCGCCCCUACUCCCAGUGAGACAAAGGAGUCUACCGAGAAAAAGGAGCCCGCCAUUGAGUCAACACCAAUUGGACAGCUCUGGACCCUGGUGAAAGCCUUCGGCCACCCUGAAAUCUGGGGUGUGACACUGGUAGACCCGGCGGACCACGUCCCCACCCGCAUCAUCCUGCAAAAGUAUCUCAACGCCAACGAUGGCGACCUCGCCAAAGCCAAAGAACAACUGACUAAGACACUGGAAUGGCGAGCUAAGACGAAGCCCCUCGAGCUGGCGGGCAAGGUCUUCAGCAAGGCUAAAUUUGAUGGCCUGGGGUAUGUGACGAAGUACGCGCAAGAGGGAUCGGAUGAGCCGGAGGGCAAGGAGGUAUUUACCUGGAAUAUCUAUGGCGGGGUUAAAUCGAUGAAUGAGACCUUCGGCAAACUCGAAGAAUUCCUUGAGUGGAGGGUCGCGCUGAUGGAGCUCGCGCUGCAAGAACUGGACAUCUCGUCGGCAACCAAGCCCAUCACUGCCGAAUAUGACCCCUACAAGAUCUACCAGGUCCACGACUACAAGUCCAUCAGCUUCCUGCGCCAGUCGCCGCAGGUCAAGGCGGCCAGCACCGAAACCAUCAAGGUCUUUGCGCAGAACUACCCGGAGCUGCUCAAGGAGAAGUUCUUCGUCAACGUCCCUGCCGUCAUGGGCUUCAUCUACACCUUCAUGAAGCUCUUUGUGGCGCCCAAGACGAUCAAGAAGUUCCACCCGAUGUCGAACGGCGGCAACCUGGCGAGGGAGUUUGGGGAGAGCAAGGUUUCCGAGCUGGGUGACAAACUGCCUGACAGCUAUGGAGGCAAAGGCGGCAAGUUGGAGGAGCAAGGCAAAGGGCCAUUGCUCGAGUAAGACGUGGUAAUGGAGGGGCGAAGAUUGAGAUGUUGGUGUGUCACUCUGAGUAAAUGCUCUCCGCUUAAUUCUCCCAGCUUCCUGAUAUCAAGACCCCUUUUCGGCUCCUGUGUAGUCUCAGAUGCUCAGACCAGCUGUGGCGCAAACCACAUAUGCUUACUUGAAUCAAGUCUGUGCCUCAGAGACUAGAGCAGUGGACCUUACGUGUUUGUGUCGACACGUUGUCGCUUUGAGUACCUAAGCGGACAUAGCGGAUAAGUCCGCACCACCACCGCCGCCCAUACCAAUUACAUGCAGAUCUCGCGUGG